AUGAGGCACAAGAAUAGAAUAGAAUAGAAUAAAUUUAUAUUUGUACAUGUGUAAUACAAUAUAUACAAUAAUUUUAAAAUGUAGGGAAAGUGACGUUUCACUGUGGCUUCCUUCUAUUUGAGUUUGCAUUUGUUGGAUAUGCUCCAAUGGAUCUGCAAAUAGGAUUUGAGGAGACACUCAUACGGGUAAAGAAUUUGCUGACCUCAUCGUAUAUUUCCCCCUCUACCCAUUUCAUGUUAGUUCACUCAUGUAGAUCUGUCAAUCUGUAAUAUCUGGGAGAGGCAGAGGCUAGCCACAGAAAUUUAUUUUGGAUUGCCUGUAAUUUAUUAAGAUUUGUUGUGCAGUUUGUUGUGUUGGCCAGACUCCUUUCUGAGCAAUGGGAAAGUGUCGUAUAGCCGCUUUCCCGUUGCCUACCAGAUUACUUGUGUGAGCACCAAAAUUCAAUUUAGAUACCAUCCUUAACCACUUAAAUGACUUCCCCUCGAAUUAUAUGUUGUGGGAGAGCAGGGGCCUAUGCUUACUCCUUAUUAACGUUUUUUACGAUCGCACUAAUCCUCCAGGAUCAACUGUAAAGAGCGAUGUCGUCGGCAUACAAAGCGAGUUGGCAGCAUUUGGGCAUAGGCAAAGCAUUUAAAAAGAUGCAAAAAAGUGUCGGUCCCAGAAUUGAACCCUGAGGCACGCCUGCUUUGACGGCAAAAUGGGAAGAGAGAGAAUUAUGAAGGGCUACUCGAAAAGUCCUCAAGUGAAGCUUCAGAAAGAUAUGAUCAAAGAUAAGCAGCGAGAUAAAAAGAAAAAUGGUGGCACCAGUGGCAACGUCUUUGAAAAUACACCUACACCAAGUAGUACCACUAGUGAAAACAGGGAAGAAUGCAGUAAAAAAGAGGAAAAGGGUCCGGAUGUGAAAGAAGAACCCGAAGAGAAUGAGGCCCCCGAAAACAAAAGUUCGCACAAUUCACCAUUGGAAGAAAUCAAAUCUUCGCCUGCACAACAGUCCGAGAACUCUUGCGAAGGCGUCGGUGGCGUGUUGCAUAACAUUGGAAUCCCUUCUGAAGGACUGCACGAAGGCGUGCAGCCUCUUCCUAGCAAUGUCGUUAAUAAACAACCGGUUACAAUGGAAGCGCAAUAUAUGCAACAGCAAAGUCAGAUAUUCGUCUUUUCUACAUCACUGGCGAACAAAGCUGCAGAAACAGUUAUUCAGGGCCAAUUUGCUUCUAUAAUCGCAUACCAUUGUGCGCAACCAAGGACAAAGAAAUAUUUAGAAGGGACUAAUCAACAAAAUCAGAUCAUGCCCAACCAGUGUAGCAACGCAAACAUGAACAUGGAUCAAAAUACAGCCAAAAAUACAAUGAACAGCCACCAUAAUUUAAUGCAAUCUCAUAACACACCUAUGUUGCCCGAUGGAAUGAUGUCAACUUUAGGGGAAUUAAACCAAGAUAUAAAUUUAACUACACCCCAGCCUUUAGCAGGUGUUAAAGUACCUGAUGAAAAUUUGACACCACAGCAAAGGCAACAUCGAGAGGAACAACUUGCAACAUUGAGAAAAAUGCAGCAAAUCCUUUUUCCUGAAGCUCUCCCCGGCCCGGAGGAAAAUGCCCACGUCGAAAAUCCUUUACCUGAAAAUAUUGAUAUGAACAAACCCCCGUCUAAUCAUUCAGAUUGGCAUAAACUUCAAAUGCAACUUAAUGACGAUCAAAAAAAUCGUAAAAAUAGAGCGAGCGGACCCCCUCCGAGUUAUCAGCAAGCUACAAGAUCUGCAAGUGUCCCUAUUGCACUUCAAAGCCCUAACCCAAGCUCCCCUAAUAAUACAACCUCAAAUCUUUCACUCCCUUCGCCCAGAACGUGUUCUGGGAUUAAUUCACCGGCUGAUAAAGUUUCAAACAGGAUUCCUGGGCCAAGCCCGACAAUGGAAUCCCCUAAUCCAGUAAGGAAUGCUAACUCAAAUCCACCGACACCCGUUUCAAGUCACCUUUCUCCUAAGCAUAAAGACAAGAUUAAUGCUUCUAAUGAAUUUUCACCUUCUAGUACAGUUUCUGCACAAAACUCACAACAGUCGCCUGUUGAUUCUCUGUACUGUAGAUCAGUGCAAUCCAUUGGAGGACAAAAACAAGGAUCAAAUACUGGAAAGGAGCCGAAUUUAAUGCCUGUGCCAUCCCCUCAGCAAAUACAAUAUUUAAAUGCAUUCGAAGGGCAAGAAUUGACCAUUCAAAAACAACCUAAUACAAGCUUAAAAGAAACGGGAAGAAAAACACCAGUGACGCCACCUACUAGCUUAGAGGGGGUCUUACCUGCCACAUCUAGUGGUAUCACGGGUGAUAGUGGGAGUAGUGGAGCUAAUAAUGGUGUCCCCAGUUCUGUUGGUGUGGGGACUGGUGCUGGGACCGACGGUGGCCCUGGCAGUGGGAAUUAUCCAUGUAUCGGUCCUGACAAUGUGCCAUUGAAUCCGAACAGGAUUAGCGUAUCGGCUGCGAAUAAAUCGUCUCAUUUUGAUCCAAUUAGCUCUUUGGCGCAAAUGAGCCAACAGCUCACGAACAACGUACCUAAUUCACCUGUCAACCAGCCGAACCUCAUGCCGAAUAUGCAUCAAAACAUGGUAUCUUUUAAUUCCCCGAAUUCGAAUCAACAUUUGAUGUCGAUGGCCGAUUUGCACCACAUGCCCAAUCCUCCUCCAGAUCAUAGAAUACAAAACCAGAUGCAAUCUCAUUUCGGCGCUCAAAGAGCUCAGUGUACUAGUGCCAUGUCACCUGGAAUAUCAGUUUCUCCUAAGAUGAUGCAAGGAUACGGUGUAGCUCAAAGACCUAUGACGAGACCCAUAGGAUAUAACGGCGCGAAUAUUCAGGUCAAGCCAAACGCUCCUAAUACCAUCCAGUAUCUCCCAUCUAGGCCUCAGUCUACACCAGGCCCAAGAGCACCUCCUAGUUUAGAAUUUUUGCAGCGCUUUUCAAACCCACUCUCUAAUUUAGACGCAAAAGUUCCAACUCAUAAUUUGCAGUAUUUUCCCAACAAUUACCCUCAAAAUAAUAUGAACGAUAUGGGAAUGUGUAAUCCUCAUGUUAAUAUCAGAGGACCGAUACGAAACGCGAAUCCCGGUAUGAUGAGAAUGCAAGGGCCACAAAUGGCACCGAUGGGUUUCAACAAUUCGGAAGGAUUUCAAAAUGCAAAUUGUCAAAUUUUUGGACCGCCGUCUAAAAACACUUCGAUGGGAUUAGCACCCGAUGCGAGCCAACCAUUACCACCUUCGAUGGGCCAAGGCAAUAAUUUCAAAAAUUCUACCUUUAUCGGUCCCACUACUGCAGAUCCAAAUUAUGCCCAACAGUUUCACAACUUUCAGCAACAACUGUAUGCUACGAACACAACAAGAGGUCAGUUGAAUAAUCAAGCGAUGGGUGGGAAUCAGCAUUAUUUUGUGCCUAAAUAAUAAAAUUAAUCAUAAACUCUUGGUUUUUUAUUGUUUAUUAAAUAUAUAUAUAUUAUUUUUAAUUUAGGGGUAUUCAUAAUUUUUUUUAUUAUUGUUAUUUCUUUAAUUGGUUGUCCUAUUGGAAAUUUUUGUAUGGAUACACAAUCUGAAAAGAAUUCAUGAAAUGACAAGACUUAAAAUCUGAAUACCAUAGAUCUGGCAUAAUAUAUUGUAUCGUUGCAUUUGUAAAGUAAUUAAAGUAAAAUCCCAAUACCGCAUAGUGAAUGAAAAUACUAAAAUAAAUUGCGUCUUAAUUAAUUAAAACAUUGAACAGGCACAUCUAAAAUUGCAUGUACAUUUUUAUCUUAUCAGAUCACAGACCUCACCAAAAUAUUUUACAAUUUAAAUACAUUUUGCAAAGUGUGUUCUGUGUACAAGACUGACGUAGAAACUAAUUAAUACAGAAAUCCUUCUAAAAUUGAUUAUGAAUAGUCUAAAAAAAGUAUUGUUAAUAACCAUUAACUUAUUCUUGAUCUUAUAUUGUCAAAUGCAACAAGCUUGAUGAAUUUUUUUUAAAUAAUAGUAAUAACCGAAAACUGUACUUCUGCAACAUUACAUUAGGUUGUUUAAUCAUUCGUUGGUAUUGAGUGUAUGUGCGUGUGUGUGUUUGUUUGCUUGCAUGCAUGCAUGUCUGUGGCAUGCACAUGUGUGUGUACCCACACAAAUAUUGUAUUAUGUUAUAUGUGAAAGUUUUUCUUGUUUUUUUUUUUCAUUUAUAUUUAACAUUGUUGAAUUGUUAAAAGUUUAAAUACUGAAAUCACCAUGAAAAUUAUUAUGUAUUUGUUAUUUACUUAUGAAAAGAAAAUAUGUUAUAAUGUAAGAAUUUCUAGGUGCCUGUGGAUCGGUGGUACACUCAGAAAAAUUAAAAUUGAACACAAAUAUAUUAACUAAGCUGAAAAUAACUUCAACCUCUGACACAAUACAUGUUAUUAUUUUAGUCGGUUGUAAUUUUUUUAUAUAUAUUUGUAUAUUUAAUAACAUUCAAAAUGAAGUUCGAGAUUGCAAUUGUGUUCAGUUGUUCAAAGUGAUUUUCAGAAUAAAAUAAAAUAACAUUUUUAUAAUUUUUUUAGUCGACUCGCGACAAUUGUAAGCAGAAAAAUGAAUACCCUGUAUAAAUUAUAAUUUAAAAAUUUGUAAAAAUAUCUAAAAACUUACGACUAGUUUAAAUAUAACUGCAAAUAUUCCCACUGCCUAGGUGAAUCUCACGUAAAUCGUAUGAUACAACGAAAACAAAACUGAUGUGCUAUUUAGUUGUAAUAAACAAUCAAUCCUAAGUCCUAAGUGAAUUGAAAUUUUUCUUGACAUUCAUUAUCCCACCAAAACAGUCGAAGUUAAAAACUGAAACUAUUUAUAAAUUAACACUUGUUUAUUGAUUUAUAUGCAGAGUUCAUCAGGUUGAGAAUGAAGCUCAUUGAAAAAAAAUGUAUAUUACAAAUGUUAAACGGGGUGUUAAGAGGUUUAUACUCAACUUGCUGGGUGUAUUAAUUGUUUGCAGAGCAUUUGUGAAUUAUUUUAUGUAGUUAUUUUUAAGAAAAAUGUAGACAUAACUUUUCAAAAAAACAAACAAACUAUAUUUUGUUCAAGAUAACAAGAUAGCUGUAAACUAAAAAUAUGGACAUUAAUAGUAAAGCUAUAGUAUAUUAUAAUAUAAUGUAAUUAGUUGGAUUAUUGAUAAUGUAAAAUGUUUGCCUUGAUAUUAAGCAGAUGCUAAAUUAUGAGUUGACACACGGAGUAUUAUUAAAUAUUUAUCCCCCUUAUUGUAAUGAACACUCAGUUCGUAAAAAGCUCAAAGCUCACUCGUGCAAAAUUGGCCUAAGGUGCAUUUCACGGCCAAGUGUGCAGAAAAUAUGUCUUAUACAUCAGAAACUAGUCACUAUCUUAAAAGUUGUUUUUUUAUUUGUUUAAUUAAAUCUUGUACUAGCACAGUUUUUUAAAAAACAUUUACAUGACAUAUUUACUGCACUAUUUGCCAGUGUAAAUAUAGCUAGAUUGAAUUUGUUUUACAUAAUUUAUAAUAAAAAAAAUGAGUUAAAUUAAAGAUGACUCAAAUGAACUGUGAUAACUGGUUUCUCUGGUUUUUCUUAGAAAUCCAUAUUAUUUUGAUUUAUAUUCGCAUUAAAAGUGUAGUACUUAAUCAAAAGGGCAAAUAUUUUUUUACUUACAAAAGUGAAAUAAGUAAUUUUUGUCUACCAAGUUAUUUACAAUUUUACUAAAAAUUAGUUUGCUGUGUUUUAUUAAUAUUGUUUUUGCUGUAAGCUAUAUAUAGUUGAUUUUACUUAAUUUCUUCUUUUUUUAUUGUAUAGUGUGUUCCUACAAUUAUGCUUUAAUCAAUGUGUAAAGAAAAGUAUAUUGGUAAAGAUUAAUUAAUUUUGUACAUUACUGUUGAAAUAGAAAGUGGUAUUGUUUUAUACAUAAGACAUUAUUUUACACUAAUUUUUGUCAAUUCUUUAGUUUAUUGUUAGUAUUUUUUUUCUAUUUCAAAAUAUUAAAUAAAUCUUUUCAAUUUUA